UCCCAAGGCACGACUGCCCCUGGGUGCCUGUCGGGCUCGGCCGUGCGGCUGUGAAGGGCAGGGAGGGAAGGCCUGAGCGACAGGGAAAGCGAAACCUCUGCUCGGCGAGGGUAGCAGCGCCGUACUUGGUGGGAUCCACGGGGAGGUGGAUCCUGGCGGGGGGAGAUGGAUAUCGGGGCUGGAAAGGAGCAACAGUGUGUGCAAAGGGUUGUCUCGGAAUCGCUGUGUACAUUUGCAGAGUUCAUGUACUGGAGAGGAUCUUGCAGAGGCCACAAGAUAAUUUGGAGUCUGGAGCAUCUGGCUUCAUGAGGGUGCUGGGCCUGUUUAGUCUGGAGAACAGAGGACUGAGAGGGGAUCUCAUUAAUGCACAUAAGUAUGUCAGAGGUGGAUUACAAGGUGGGUGAUGGCUCUUCAGUGAUGCCCAGCAAAAGAAUGAGGAGCAGUGGCCAUAAACUAGAGAUCGAAAGUUUCACCUCAAUGUGAGAAUCAACUUUACAUUAAGGAUAGCAGAACAUGCCCAGGGGAACAUGCUGUGCUGGGAGCUUGUGGAGUCUGACUCUCUGGAGACAUUGAAAACCCUCCUGGAUACAUUCCUGUGUCACCUGCUCAAGGUGACCAUCCCUCAUCAGGGGGCUUGUACUAGAUGAUCUUCAGAGGUCCCUUCCAACCCCAACAUUCUGUGAUUCUCUGGAAUCACUAUAGACAGUUGAAGUCAUUGUACAUCUGUACCAGGACCUGUUGUGUUACAGUGAUGUUUGAGUUGUCCCUCUCUCAAAUCUGUUUUUAAGGUGAAUUCUAUUAUUUAAAUCAUACAUCCUCCUUUGCUGAAAGUUUUGCCACUGCAGAAUAAACUUAACUUUAUAACCUACAGGUGUAGUGGUGCAGCUGUAUUUAAUGCUGAUUUUUAUCAGCAAUACAAUUUAUUUAGAGUCAUAGAAUUGUCAAAUUUGGAAGAGACCUUUAGUCUCCAGUGCAAUUGUCCAUCCAGCACUGCUACUGUAACCUGUAAACUACAUCACCCAGCAUCGCAUCCAGGAGUCCCCUGCACACUUCCAGGGAUGGUAACUCCACCAUCUCUCUGGGUAACCUAUUCCAAUGCUUCACCACCCGAACAAUGUAUUUUUUUCCCUUAAUAUCUAAUCUGAAUCUCCCCUGUCUCAGUUUAAGACCAUUUCCUCUGGUCCUCUCACUGCAGGCACAGCAGAAGAAAUCAGUCCCCACUUCACUAGAACCUUCUUUCAGGUAUCAUGAUAUGGUUCCUACUUCCUUCAGUUUGCUAUUUAUAUAGCAAAUAUAUAUAGUAGAUAUUUAAAACAACUACCAUGUAGAUAUUCCACAUGUCUCUGGCAAAAGUGCUUCAGCUGCCGCUUCCAAUUUAACUCAUGUUUUAUUGCAUAUGCAUUUGAGUGUUACUGUCAGUUGUACAUCUGAUGGAAUUUACAGUUUGUUGUAAAGAAGUAAAAUAGUUCUGUGCUUUUGGAUUUAGUUAGUAUAGACACAUGAAUUUAUUUCAAAUUUACCUUUACAGGUAUGCUGUGUUUUAGCAGCCCUUUUAGGUUUCUGGAAAUGGAGAUUUUCUGCCCAAGCUAGAAAUAUUACAGGAAAUGCAGAAAAAUAUGUGCAGCUGCAGUACUGGAAAAAGCAUCAUGAGGUCUUCCCUCUUUCCUGAGAAGGAACAAGGCACUGACUAAAGGCAAAAGAAGCAGAGCUGAAGAAAGAUUAUCUCUGCUUGCAGAUCAUAAAAAAGUUUACAAUGGCAAUGCUCUGGAAAUUCAUGAGAGUAGCUAAGUACUCUAAAACAGCUUUAUCACCAAAAGUAAAGGUAAGAGGAAUUCCCACCCAUUCAAGGCAUUCUUCAUCCAAGUCUGCACCUUCAGAUUUUGCUGCCAGUGCACCCUGCUCAAAUACUGUGGAACUGCUUGGUAAAUCUUAUCCUCAAGAUGACUACAGCAAUGUCACAGAGAAGAUUCUUUCCAAGGUGGGGAAGAACUUGCACAACAGAAAGCAUCACCCUUUGUGGCUAAUCAAGGAGCAGGUGAAGGAGCACUUCUACAAACACUAUCUAGGACGCCGUGGGACUCCGCUCUUUUCUGUGUAUGACGGUCUUUCUCCAGUGGUUACAGUCCAGCAGAAUUUUGAUAGUUUACUUAUUCCACAAAACCAUGCCAGCAGAAGGAAAGAGGAUAACUAUUACUUGAAUCGUGACCACAUGCUAAGAGCUCAUACAUCGGCUCAUCAGUGGGACUUGAUACACUCCGGCCUAGACGCCUUUCUGGCAGUGGGAGAUGUCUACCGCCGAGACACGAUUGAUAACACCCACUACCCAGUCUUCCAUCAGAUGGAGGGAGUGCGCCUCUUCUCCUGCCACGAGCUGUUCUCCAGCAUUAAAGAUGGUGAAGGUUUACAGCUGUUUGAGCAAGGCCAUCGCACUGCACACAAGCAGGAGUGUCACACCAUGGAAGCAGUGAGGCUGGUGGAGUUCAACCUGAAGCAGGUGCUCACGAAGCUCAUGACUCACAUCUUUGGUGACGGACUGCAAGUCAGAUGGGUAGAUUGCUACUUCCCAUUUACUCACCCUUCCUUUGAGAUGGAAAUCAACUUCCAAGGAGAAUGGAUGGAGGUCCUGGGCUGCGGGGUGAUGGAGCAGCAGCUUGUUAACUCAGCUGGUGCUCAGGAUAAAAUUGGCUGGGCAUUUGGCUUGGGUUUGGAGAGGCUGGCCAUGAUCCUGUAUGAUAUCCCUGACAUCCGACUGUUCUGGAGUGAAGAUGAACGCUUCUUGAAACAAUUUAUUGGGCCUCACAUUUGGCAAAAAAUAAAGUUCCAGCCACUCAGCAGAUACCCACCUUUGAUCAAUGACAUCUCCUUUUGGCUGCCUUCUGAGACAUACUCUCAGAAUGAUUUCUAUGAUUUGGUUCGAACCAUUGGUGGAGACUUGAUAGAAAAGGUUGUCCUACUGGAUGAAUUUGCACAUCCAAAGACAAAGAAGGUCAGCCACUGCUACCGUAUCGUUUACCGGCACCCGGAGAGGACGCUAACGCAGGACGAGGUGCAUCGCAUCCAUCAAGCUAUUGAGGAGUCAGCAGUUCGGGAGCUUGGGGUGGAGGGCAGGUUCUAGCAAUGCUGCUCUGGAGCCCCAAGGACAGUUGCUUUUUUCUUUCUUUUUUUCUUUUUUUUCUUUUUUUCUUUUUUUUUUUUUUUAGUUAUUUUUUUCUUCAUUUUUUGGGGGUGGUUUUAGGUCACAGGUAGAGAGGGUGGUUUUUUGACUGAACACAAAAAGGGAUUGAUAAAUGGGCAGUGAUAAAACUGGCAGGUAAUAAACAUUACUACUGAGAAAUCAUUGAUGAAGCACUGGUGCUUUAUUUUAAGAAAUGGGGGAACAGCAGUAAUGUAAGAUUGUAAGAUUUCCCUCCUGUUACACUGCCUGGUGGUUUUUUGUGUUGUUAAUUGGUCCCUGGGUUCCAUUAAACUCUAAAUACUUGGCAUUA